UAGGGAAUUGCAUCCAAAAUCAUAAAUCAAGAAAAAGUGUGUGAAUAAAGUCUCGCGGAUAGGAGUAGGACUAGGGAACCGAAAUGGGGAGGAACUAAACGGCCCCUUGUUGAACUGAGCUCAAAAAGGGGGAAGAAUGUUGAAUGUUCUUCAUCUUUGCAGUAGCCGUUGCCACAAAAGAACAAAAAACCCUGGAAAAGCAAGAGAUCCCCACACUCCACUCCAAUUCAACACUACUGCUCUUAGAUCGGCCAAACUGUGCCAAAUUAAUGCUCUGCUUUAGUUCUACUUCUCCAACCAAACCCUCUCACCUCGCUGUAUCCUAUCAUCUAUGGGGCAAGUCGGGAAAAUGAAUGCGGAUCUCCAGAAGAAGAAGAAGAGUAAGAAUGAGAUAGACAGAAGCUCUGAAAAGAGAAGCCCGUUGCUAGAUUGUAAUAAAAACCCCAAGUUCUCUUCCAAAAACACCAACCUUCCUUCUUCUUUUUCCUCUCAUUCUUCCGUUGAGGCUUCAAAAUUUUCUCCCCGUUUUCUACUCUCUUCCAGCAACUCUUCUUCCGCCUCCUCUUCACAGAAACGGCCCGCAUCCUUUCUCAGAGAAAAGAGUGCAAAUCCGAAGUCGGGUUGUUCUAAAGAGAACAUUUUCCCAAGACCCACUUCACAAACGCCCAAAAAGAGCGCUCCUUCCACAACCCAACGGCAGUCCGGGAGGAAAACCAUAUCCAGAGCUUCCAAAAAACCCAUGCUUCCCGCCGAUCUGGUCAUUUCUGGGAAGAACUCAAGAUCUGGGUCUCAAAAGAUUGCUGCGAAAAAUGAGGAUUCGAAGACGUCUUGGGAAAUCGGAAAUGGUUCAGGUAAGCAUCCAAACCAUCUUAUUCCUGUUGGGAAAUUAUUCUCCGGGCCGGGUUUAGAUUGUGCUAACUCCGGUGGAGAUCUGGUACACGAAUCAAGUAAAAAUGCCGUUAAGACUCCACCUAUUGAACCCUCAGUGUCCCCUGAGAUUCCAUAUGGGCUAUCUUCUGCGAGGCCGGAUUCAGCCACUACCCCUUGCUAUGGCGCCGGCCAUGUUCUCUCAGGGGUAGCAGAUAAACGAAAAUGCAGGCCAAGAGGGGUUCUGACUGUAGGUCCUGCCCUAGAUUUACUCUCAUCCAAGUCUGGUAAAUCUAAUGAGAAUAACAAAAAGUCAAGAAGUUCUUUUGUUCCUUUACCUGUUGAGGCCUCAAUGUGCUGGAUGUCAUCUCCCUCGGGUGAAGGAGACCGUGACGUCAUCACUAAUAAGACCAAGAGCAGUUCAGAGAUCACCCAAUUUUGUGGGUUAAUGGGCUGUCUUCAUCUUGAUGGGCAGUUCUCAUUGACUUCUCCCCAUACCAUGCCAAGCUGUAAAGAUGCUCUCUUGCAUCUAUCAACAAAAUGUUCUUGCAGCUUUUCAAUUGACAACUCUCCAAAUUCAACAAGCACUUUAAGUUGUGGUAAUGUCAUUCAGACCCCCAACUCGGAUUCGAGUUCGGGCAGACAUUUCGGGACAUCUCUAUUUAAUAUGGGCGAAGAACAUAACCUUGGAAGAUUGCAAUAUGAAGCUUUUGGCAAAUCAAGCUUUUCUCUUCACGAACAGAUAGAAGUUAGUAACUCUACCACGACUUUCAGUUUUGUAGGCAUCACCCCCACACAUAAAAAACUUGAAGACACUUCUGCAUCGUGGCAUUCAGAUUCCUCAAGUGGAAAUGAAUCUGAGUCUACCAUGAGAGUAUCAUGGAAGGAUGUAUUGGAUGGGUUGGAUGAAGAAAACCACAAUGUGGUUUGCACGAAUGAUCAGACAAAGCCAAAUCAGAGUUUUGAAGGCAGUGACUAUGAAUACAAUGAUCAUGUGAUGAAAAAGAUGCUUAAAGAUCCCAAAUUUCUUGAGCAGGAACCUUUUUUCGUUUAUAAGAACGGGAAAGAAAAUGUAUCAAUAUUACCACAAAGAAGACCUGUUUCAUCUUGUGCAGAGUCCAUUAUCACUGAUGGAGGGGGAUUAGUUUCUUCAGCAGAUUCAGAUUGGAAUCUCUGCUGCAAUGAUCAGAUCUUUCGGCCGUAGUUGUUACUAGUAUCGCACGGUUCACGACACAUAUCAUGCUAUAUAGAUGCAUACCUGUACUAUUAGAGUAUUACUACUAUUAGAAUUGGAAAGGAAUCUGGUGUGCCUUAUGGAGCAACUUCCAUCAGGAUGGAUUUAAUUUCAUUCCCUCACUCCCUCAGUUAACUUAAAUUUUAAGUACUUGUUAUUAUUUCCAAACUUUUGGGCAAUUUCAUCGUGCAGUAGGCAUGAAUUUUGCUCUUUAAGUCUAAGUAUUCUACUCCGUAUUAAAAUGCUUUUGGAUCACAUUAUACUAUUCAUGAUUUCACAAUUAUGGUUUAACUUUGCUUCAUGCUUUGUAUGGAGAAUAUGUUAG